GCCAUCCUUGGCCAUCUUCAGAGGAUUUUCGACGAGUCCCCACUUUAGCUCUUCCCUUCCUCUAGAUUCCACGGAGGAUGAGGAACGAUCCUUAGAGCAUCUGCCAGUGGCAGAAGAUGCAGCUCCGCUGUCGAAAUCCACUGGCUCUCAACGUGGAGAGGGACGCGUUCUCCCAGCUAAGAUUUCCGAGGAACAACUCGCUCACCUCAUGCUUCUUGGAUGGGGCACUACUACCACCGAAAGAGGAAGUCGCUCGUUACGCAAAGAGUUCAGAUUUCGGAAUUUUAACGAAGCUUGGGCGUUUUUGACCAUGAUCGCGAUGAAAGCCACUCAAGUAAACCAUCAUCCAAAGAUCACAAACCUAUCAGCCAGCGUCCGCAUUUCCCUCUCCACACAUGACAGUGGGAACACCAUCACAGAGAAAGAUGCGUCCCUGGCACGCUACAUCGAUUAUGUAUCCAAGAUGUUCCAGCUCCGGGAUAGACCACCGAGGAGAGCACCUUUCUAAAAAUAGAAAUGAAGAGCAAGAUGACGUUGUUAUCCUUUGCCGUUAGCGCAAAAUGAUCUGCGCUGGAACUACAUCUUCCAAUAUGUAUGGAUGGCGGAACAGCAAGUUCAUAUAUAUUAAACGUAUAGAAUGGAAUAUGUACUUCGAAGUGGCGAAUACAUAAUUAACUUGACUCGAUCG